AUGCAAGAGAGGCCUUUGCCCCACCAACAGAACAUCGAUAGGGUCUCCGCUCAGAAGAACUCACUCGCCGUUGCGGGCAACGUUAGGGACAUCUACUACAUUGUUCCAAGAUCAGAAGACCCCCAAAAAGCCUUUGAGCAAGCGGCGAGCAAGUGCCGCAAAGACCUCUUCCUCACCGAUCCCUACAUCGACCGCGAGAAGGUCAUCAGCGAGAAAGGCAAGAGAGUCGCAGGCACCUGCGAGUGGAUCACGCACAAUGAGAGCUAUUGUGCCUGGCUGAACGGCGACGGCAACACGCGCCCGCUGUGGAUCUCGGGCGGGCCAGGCAAGGGCAAGACAAUGAUGUCCGUCUUCCUGACUGAGGAGCUCGAGAGACAGACAGCCGGUAGAGAAGACGCAGAACUGGUGUUCUAUUUCUACAGCGCCAAAGACAAGGAGCGCAACACCAGCAUUGCUGUGCUACGUGGACUUGUGCACCAGAUCAUCACCAAGCGACCGCAGCUAAUUAGACACGCGCUGCCAUACUUUGAGACGCGCGCACAGAUAAAGCAGACACUAUCAUCGCUAGAGGCGCUGUGGAUCAUCUUCAAAAAUAUUGUCGCAGACGACGAGCUUGGGACGAUGUUCUGCGUGCUUGACGGCCUCGACGAGUGCGAGGAGAGCACGCUAGAAGUGCUGUUACCACGGCUUAUUAGCUUACUUACUAGCGAGGACUCGCCGUCAACCGAGGGCACGUUUAAGCUAGCGAUAGUCAGCCGAGAUCUGCUUAGAUUGCGAGACUGCACGAUGAGGGUGAGACUAGACCCUGACAACGACGAGAAGGUAGCUAGCGACAUUGAGCUGUUCGUGUCUGCCCGAGUGCGGGAGUUGUCGAGGAUCGAAGGGUUUAAGGACUUUCGAGUAUCUGUGCAGAAAGACCUACUCGAGCGCGCUGAGGGGACGUUUCUGUGGGUGGGUUUGGUAAUGGAUGAGCUGUCACAGAAGCAGACGUGCGGUGAGAUCUUGGAGACGCUCAAAGAGAUGCCGAGCGGCCUCUCGGCGAUAUACAGCCGCAUGCUCCUGCGGAUCCCAGCGAAGAAGAGAGAGGUGAGCCGGACGAUCUUGCAGUGGGUGACUAUGGCCGCUCGCCCUCUGCACCUGCGAGAGCUAGCAGCGGCGACAGGCGUCCGACCCUCCUCCUCUCGACUAACCGUAGACCAAGCGACUCGUGAAGCUAUUACUCUGUGCAGGCCUCUGCUAAAGGUACAAGAGCAGGAGGUUAGUCUUGUCCACCAGUCGGUGCGAGACUAUCUGCUGCGCACAGAGCGCGACAGCGAUGCAGUGCUAGAGGCGUUCCGACUUAACCUAGAAAGCGCGCACCUAGAGCUGGCGCAGAAGUGUCUUAACUAUAUUGCGCAGAGCGACUUGCGACAUAGAGUUAUCAAUCUAGACAGUAAGCUAGACCCUAAAGAGGCUCCUCUGUUGCGAUAUGCCACGCUCCACUAG